ACAAUAAUUAAUAAUAAGAUCCGUUAUGUUGUGAUGUAAUAUCUUUGACUUUGGGUGUUAUGUUUUCGUUCGAGUGGAAGAGGUGAAUCUGAACGGGUUAUUAUGAAAACAAAUGUUAUUAUCGUUUCGUGUUAAGGGGUGUAGAUGUUAAAUUGUAAACGCGUGGGUGUCCUGAAGGUGGUGCUCAUGCGGUCUAGCUAGUCAUAAACUGAAAAUGGCUGAGGGUGGCACGUCUGCUGAGCCAAAUAAAAUAAAGAUGUCAGCGAAAGAAGAGGACAAAGAAGAGCGCGCAGCAGCAACUGGAAAUAAAGAACAAGUAUUUGAAGGCCCGCAGAUUCCAGAAUGCGCAGUUUGUCUCCAAACGUGUAUACACCCCGCCCAGCUUCCUUGUGGACAUAUCUUCUGCUUUCUUUGUGUAAAGGGUGUUGCCAAUCAGAGCAGAAAAUGUGCAAUGUGCCGUCAGGAAAUUCCACCGGAUUAUUUGGAAAAACCUCAGCUUGUCGAAGUCAGUGGACUAGAAAAGGAGGCUGUUAGCUUCGACGAUGGGUACCAGUGGUUUUAUGAAGGAAGGAAUGGUUGGUGGCAGUAUGAUGAACGGACCAGUCAUGAAUUGGAGACAGCUUAUAAGAAAGGGGAAAGGAUUUGUGAAUUGCUCAUAGCAGGCUUCCUUUAUGUAGCUGAUUUUGAUGACAUGCUGCAAGUUCGACAAAAUGACCCGUCCAGGCGGAGACGUAUAAAACGUGAUCUCGCUACCAUUCCAAAGAAGGGUGUGGCUGGGCUUAGGCUUGGAUCUGGCACAGGAGAAGAUCGCCCAAAGAGUCCCACGCCCCAAUCCCUAACUGCCACAGGACAGAGUGAUGGUGCAACCACACCUGUGCCACCCACAAAUACACCACAGACUCCUGCUGGUGGUGCAACCAGUGGAAGCACCACACCAGACAGACACCUUUCAUUACGACGUGCUAUAGAGCAAAUACGGAUCCUCAGUGUGCGCCACCAUUCUUCGUCAGAGAGCAGUGGUAGUGGGGAUGAAGACUCUGCACUCCCAGAUUUGUCUGCUGCUACUGCUGCCAUAAUUAACUUUUCUUCAAAUUCAGAUAGCAGGCUAUAGGUGAUUUUUUUGAACUCCAUAGAAUAAUUAUUAAGUUCUUUUUUCUUUCCUAUCUUUGUCACAUCUGGAACUUGACUGUGAUUGUAAAUGAGCAACGAUUUGCUAUCUGUUAAGAAUACCAUCCCCCUCGUCCCUCCCCUGUCCUGUAGAUAGAUAAAAUACUGUCAAAGGCAAUGCCAGAAAAGAAUGUCUUGUGAUUAGAAACAGUAUUAAACAAGGUAGUGAAUUUGUGUGUUAGCUAUUUAUUUUUGUCUCAUGUCAUAAAGUUUUGAAAUGUCCUUUAGGAGCUACUGGCAGCAUCCAAAUAACAGAGACAUUUUUAUAGAAAGCAUGAGGAUGUUUUAGAUUGAUGGUGCCACAUUGUUAUAUACGUAAUUGCCGGUGUAUGUCAAGUGGACACAAGCUGUAAUGAAUUAUAUAACUUUGAUAGAAAAAGCUGUGAAAUUGUAUUAAUACAUUAUUUUUGUCACAAAUUUUUUGCAAGUGUUGAAAUAUUAAUUGUGCCAGUGCCAUGAGCAUAGAGUUGAUAAGACAUAAUUUCUAGAAAAUAAGGACAGAUAUGUAUAUGAUGGUUAACAUUUUUUGUUUAACUUACGUAUAAAGAAUACAACAAAAUUAGACACUACAUGAGAAAAGUAUGAAUAAUACUCUCAUUAUUUAGUUAAUCACUCUUCUCUUUAUUUGGUUAUCCCUUGUUGUCCAGUAUUCAAUAUGAAUGUCAGUUCCAGGUAGUUUUACAGUUCCAGUGAUUAUGAUUACAAUUACUUUUGUCUUUGAAAAUGACAGAUUUCUAACAUUUUAAAAUGUAUUUGGAGUGUUACUGUUUAAUUUAGAUAAUGUUGUAACUUUUUCUUUUUGUUCUUGAUUUAUUUUGUUAUAAACUCUGUAGGAUGGAAAGUAAUGUCACAUGUGAAAGUGUAAUAUUCUGGAAGUUUGUUUAGUGGUAUUAGCAUGAAUUUGUCAUAAGAAUCUCAUUGUAGUAUGUGAUCAUUUCUUCCACUCCUAAAAUAAUUUGGUUAAAUGGUUGUCACAUCAAUUUUUGAGGCAUUAUUUCUGUUCUUUCUUUCCAUGGGCAUCAGAGACCAAAUCAAAAUAUUGUCCUUUAUCUAAUUAAGUAAGGCUUCUCCAGACUCUGUCUAGAUGCAGAGCCUGCAGGGAGACUGCAUUUACUGAUUUAAACACUUAGAUGAAAAAUAAUUUUACGAUAUGUUUAUAAAUUUCAUUUUUUGCUACACUGUUAGAUGCACCCGUUAUGUGAAACAGAAUACAUAUUUAUAAGUCCAGGAAAUAGAUCUAAAUUGAGCAUGAGAUGAGAUCAGACAAAUCUUCACUAUUUAAAAUUAUUUGGUGUUGUCUAUAACAGGUUUAAAGUCCUAACUUUCAGAUGCAAGUAAUCUGUAGUAAGGAGAUUUAGCCUUUCAGAACAAAAUAUAAAUGUGAAGUGUUAGUAGUCCACACCAGAAAACAUUAGGAAUUGAGUACACCACUCUAAGGCUUUAAUUUAUUAGCACAUAACUUUUGGAGCAUGAACAAGGAAAGGCCACAAUUACCAGGCAAGGGAAUAAAUUAGAAUAUAGGUGCAAGCUUACCCUUUUUGAAAUAAAAGUUCUUAACUUUUUGUUAACACAUUUGUUCACAAAGUAUUGUGUCCAUAACAUAAUAUUUAUUAUAACAAGAGCUUAAUAAAAGGAAUCCGUUAUUACAGAAAAUUUGAAAAUUACCUCUUCUGUACAUGGAGAUGCCGUAUUAGGCAAUUACAUGUAGAUCAUUUUCAUCACUUUGUGCAUGUUUCCACUACCAAUUAACCCUCAGAUUUUGCCUUUGAAAUUCAUUCCCUUGGCAUUAAUUUAUUUGUUUCUCAAAAACAUGCUUAUUAACACACAGUAUAUCUAUUAAGUUUUAGGUCUAAUCUUGUAAAAAAUAUUUGUUGUAUGGAUAUGAAAAUUUUUUUGUGCAGUGAUUUGGAGAUCAUAAAGCUGUAUGCAAGAAUCAUGCUUUGUGGCAAUAUCAUUGCAGUGAAAUGACUUCCUCCUCAGACAGGAGCGACAACUUACGAAUAUGGUACAAAAAGUAAGAUAACAAGUUCUCAGUAAAAAAGAGUUAUUAAAAAAAAAUCAGAGGAGAGACACAAAGUUAUUGACAUAGUCCACACAGUUGUCUAAACAUUUAUUCUGUUGGUAAACCACUCUGUUAAAACUGUCAGGGUCCUGGUGUAGGGAGCAUCCUGAAUGUCAGCUGCAGCCCUGAACUGUCAACUGACCAGGUACUUCUUCAACAACCUGAAGAGAUGGAAAUCACUUACUGUGAAAUACAGGCACUAUGGAUCGUGUUCCAAUACAGUCCAUUGGAAAUGCCAGGCCAAAUCACUUGUAACCAAGGUCGUAUACAUUCAGACAAUCUCGUACAACAACAAGACACCUUCCAAAAGCAGUCAUGUUCAUUACCUCCAAAUCAUCUCCUGCAACCAUUCCAUUGUGGCACAAUAAUUAACUGUAAUCGAGUUCUCUUUGAGGGUGGGGAAAUUGGCCAACAACACUUGCUGAUGGAUAAUGUUGUUUUGAACAUUUUAUGAGAGAGGGUGGAAUAGAGGGUAAUCUCCAUGACACAGAUGCUUUCUUCAUCUCGGGCAUCACCUAUGCUUUGCCCUGUGUGACAGUCAGUGCAAUAGUGCAACACUGCCUGCCUGAUACCACAUUAAGUGCUAGCGAGAGAACCACAUUGCUUGGCUUUAUUCUCAACUGAGAGCAGUACCCAAAAAAGACCACAUCUUCCAAUAGUCUAUUCUGUUGUGCAUACUAUCCAUUACAUUCCCAAUAGAGAUGUUGAGUUUUUGUGCAAUCUGCCUCACAUGAAUGCAGUGGAUCAGCUCGAAUCAGUCCUUCAAUACUGUACAUAUUGUCAUCUGAGGUGGAUGUGCUUGGUCACCUGGGCCUUUGCUCAUCUCGCACAUCUGUUCUGUCUUUACCAAAUUCCUGGCACCAAAACUAUACAUGUUUUGGUACAUUGCACUUGCUCCAUAAACUUCCACUAGUUGAUGAAGAAUAGCAACAAGAAUAUUUUCUUUAACCAAAAACCUUAUUACUCUUUGCAUUCCAUUCACCAACCAUAUAACAAUAUGCCUCCAUUUCGAAACUCUAAUUCAGAGUGCAACAACGCAGUUACUUCCAAUAACUGGUGACUUUUGAAAGCUUUGAUGCCCUCUUGUAUGUAGACUGGAAUUUAAUUUGCGUGAGAUACUUAUAUAUCCAUGAGAGCUCUUUUUGCCUAUGUAUUGGACCAUUCUCAUACUUUCUGAAAUUUGUCACUUAAAAUGAGUUAUAUUCUGAUUAUGAGUCUCCCAUGAAAUAUGAUGUCUCCUGUAUGAGUUGGAGAAAACUUCCCAGGACAGAAGAAGGGUAUGUUAAGAUAUGUUUGUGAAGUUACUGUUAGCUCAGAAUCCAAAAAUAAUUUAUUGUGGUUCAGUAGACUACAGAUGCCUCAUGCAUGGAAGUUCUUCAUUGAGUUUCUUCAAAGAAUUCUACAACUCUCAAUAGACUUGGACUAAGUUGUUGAUGAGGCUUAUUUGUAUGGUAGUACUUUCACCAACAAUGGACAGUCACGAGUGUUUUUACUGUAUUAUGAAUCUCCAGCACUAUGCAUCAGACGUAGCAACUGCUGAUAAUUUUUUGUUGCAGAAGGGUAAAACUACACUUGAAAAAGUAUUUAUUUACUUAAUUUCGAACAUCAAGAAUGCUGGUUGAUUAAUUAUAUAUCUGUAGAUCGUAUAAUAAAUAGUAUUAUGUGGCCUGAGAAAUUGAGGAGAUUCUCCAUCAAGAUGGUAAAGAAAGGAACAUGGAAAACACUGGCAAGAAGAGAUAGGACACAUGUUAUGGCAUCAGGGAAUAACUUCGUGGUACCACAGAGGGAACUGUAGAGGAAGACAAAGAGUGGAAUAAAUCCAAUAAAUAAUUGAGGAUGUAGGGAGCAAGUGCUACUUUAUGAUGAAGAGGUUGGCACAAGAGAGGAAUUCGUGGUAGACCACAUCAAACAAACCAGCAGGCUGGUGUCUCGGAAAAAAAUUAAACUGUUAUUUUCCAAACAGAUACAAACAUUUUAAAAUUAUAUAUGUAAGAAUAUGAUGGCCAUGUACAAGAUUCAUUUGAACGACUGACUGAAAUAUCAAUGCAAGGGUGUAAAGCUAAUGAGUGCAUACAAAUGCAAAGGAGUUACUAGUGUGGUGAGGGGAGGGGAAAAGGGGG